UUAAUUUAAGGUUCAUUGGUGUGCAAUAGAUGUAACAACAGUCAAAGUUUAGAUGAAUGUAAAGGCUUUGUUCUAUGUGGAGAAAAACAAUCAUGCUUUACACAAAUUAAAACCAAGGAUGAACAUAUUACAUACACAAUGGGCUGUACUGAUAAUCAGAAUUGUGGCGUCAUUCCAGAAGUUGAUGCAGUUUCCAAGCUUAAGGCACUCCCUGUCAAUGAAUGUUACGAAUGCUGUAGAAGUUUAGGAUGCAACUUACAUCUUUGUAAACAUCCAAAACCAUCACUGUGUCAGGAUGACAAAAGCAUGGAUUGUGCAAAACUGAAUGAAAUGUUUGACAUCUGUAAAGACAUUCAUGAUGCUAAAAAGAUAUGUCCUAGCUUCUGCAACUUGUGCCGAUUAGUUGAUGGUAAUUGGGCAGAUUGGUCACGAUGGUCAGAAUGUGACGUCACAUGUGGAAAUGGUAAGCAUACGAGAGUCAGAACAUGCACAAAUCCAGCACCGGCUUACCAGGGUUUACAAUGUUAUGGGAACGGUAUCGAUUCAAAGCCUUGUCAACGACAACUAUGUCCAGUCCACGGCAGAUGGUCAGCAUGGUCUCUAUGGAGUUCUUGUCCCGUAACUUGUGGUUUAGGAAUGCAAAAACGUUACAGAAACUGUUCGAAUCCUUAUCCAUCGCGCUAUGGUGAUCAUUGUUUCGGGGAUCCAUUGGAAUACAAAAUUUGUUUUGAAAGGCUAUGUGAUGAUGGCAUUUGGGGAGAUUGGGAGAAAUGGGGAUCGUGUAGCGCCUCCUGCGAUAGUGGCAUACGUCAUAGGUCAAGAUCAUGUAAAAACAAUGUUGGAACUAUGUGUAAGGGAAGCUCGUUUGAACUACAGUCUUGUAAAAUACAAAAUUGUCCUUGUCAAUCAAUCCCAACCAUUAAAAAUGGUGUUUUGGAGCAGCAGUCGGAAUCACCAUCAGAUAUUACUUAUAAAGCUAAAUGUAACGAUGGAUAUCAGGUAUCUAGUAUGAUACAAACUGUUUGUGACAAAAAAUCGGGAUGGCCAGAUAUUCCAACUUGUAAUAAAGUAUCAUGUGGAAAACCAUUAAUUUCGUUAAACGGACAACUUCGUUUUACAACUGGAGUCACUUUCCAAGAAAUAGCUGGUUUUGAGUGUGUUGGUAGAUCUGUUGCCUAUGGUAAUCCUACUUCGACUUGUUUAGCUGAUGGAACAUGGUCAAGACCUCUUACCUGUUUGUAUCCUGUUAGAAGGUGUGUGGCGAAGCCAGAAUAUAACAGAAAUUUCACAAAUGUUGCUUUUGGGAAAAACGUCACAUUAUCAUCAUCGUACUCUGCUGAAUCUAUUGGUGCAAACAUGGUUGACGGCAACUAUCUUACCAGAGCAAGAACGCAAUCUGGGCAAUAUCCUUCUGCAAUAGUUGAUCUAGAGCAAAUAUAUACAAUACAUCAUAUAAAUAUUUAUGAGAACCAGUACAGGUCAUACCUUUAUAUACAAGUCGCUGACAAUGUUUCUUCCAAGUUUAUAAAUGUUGCCCAUUUGGGUGAAGCCUGGACUAACUGCACGUUUCGUUUUGAGAACCCAGUCAGAGGUCGUUACGUGAGGAUAAGUCUUGGAGGAUAUUUUUUAGAAAUCGCAGAAAUGGAGGUGUACA